CUGCAGGAGGAUUUUUUGCAGCGCUCAGCCCGGGAGGAAAACCUGGAUGAAGCUGGGCUGAGCUGCCCCCCAGCACAGGCACCGCUAAUUGAGGACAGCCCUGCCUGCACUGCCUGGCUCUGGCUCUGAGGACUGUGAUCACUGACAAUGGGAAGAUCCCAAGUUUUCCCCUCCAACCAGUGCCUGCUGCUGCUGCUGCUGGCCGAGCUGAGCUGUGCCCAGUACGAGCACUGGCCGUACCUGCCCGGCUACCCCGAGCCAGCCCCCCAGGUGUUCCAGCCCCCCCCGAGAGCCCCAAAUGUGCCCAAAAUCCAGCUGAGGCUGGCGGGGCAGAAGAGGAAGCACAACGAGGGCAGGGUGGAGGUGUUCUACAGCGGCGAGUGGGGCACCGUGUGCGACGACGACUUCUCCAUCCACGCCGCCCACGUGGUGUGCCGGGAGCUGGGCUACGUGGAGGCCGUGUCCUGGCUGCCCAGCUCCAAGUACGGGAAAGGAGAAGGGAAAAUCUGGCUGGACAACGUGCACUGCACGGGCAAGGAGAGCAGCCUGGCCGCCUGCGGCUCCAACGGCUGGGGCGUGAGCGACUGCAAACACACCGAGGACGUGGGCGUGGUGUGCAGCGAGAAGAGGAUCCCAGGCUUCAAGUUUGACAACUCCCUGAUUAAUCAAAUUGAGAACAUGAACAUCCAGGUGGAGGACAUCCGGAUCCGCGCCAUCCUGGCCACCUACCGCAAGCGGGUCCCUGUCACCGAGGGCUACGUGGAGGUGAAGGACGAGGGCACCUGGAAACAGAUCUGUGACAAGCACUGGACCAUGAAGAAUUCCCGGGUGGUCUGCGGGAUGUUCGGCUUCCCGAGCGAGAGGAAAUACAACACCAAUGUCUACAAGAUGUUUGCCAGCAGAAGGAAGCAGCACUACUGGGCUUACUCCAUGGACUGCAGCGGGAACGAGGCUCACAUUUCCAGCUGCAAACUGGGAAACCACCUGACGGGCACUGGGAAGAACAGCAGCUGUGACAACGGGAUGCCCGCGGUCGUCAGCUGCGUGCCCGGCCGCGCCUUCGCCCCCAGCAGCCACAGCGGCUUCCGAAAGGCCUUCAGGCAGGAGCAACCCCUGGUGAGGCUGAAAGGAGGAGCCAACACGGGGGAAGGCCGCGUGGAGGUGCUGAAGAACGGGGAGUGGGGCACAGUGUGCGACGACAACUGGAACCUGGUGUCGGCCAGCGUGGUGUGCCGGGAGCUGGGCUUUGGCAGCGCCAAGGAGGCCAUCACGGGAGCCAGGCUGGGCCAAGGAAUGGGUCCCAUCCACCUGAACGAGAUCGACUGCACGGGUUUUGAGAAGUCGGUCACGGACUGCAAGUUCAACACCGAGUCCCAGGGCUGCAACCACGAGGAAGAUGCUGCUGUGAGGUGCAAUGUGCCAGCCAUGGGCUUCCAGAACCAGCUUCGCCUGAGCGGGGGCCGCAACCCCUACGAGGGCCGAGUGGAGGUGCUGGCCGAGCGCAACGGCACCCUGAGGUGGGGCACGGUCUGCAGCCACAACUGGGGCACCGUGGAGGCCAUGGUGGUGUGCCGGCAGCUGGGGCUGGGCUUUGCCAGCCACGCCUUCCAGGAAACGUGGUACUGGCACGGGGACGUCAGCGCCGACGACGUGGUGAUGAGCGGGGUCAAGUGCUCGGGGACAGAGAUGUCCCUGUCGCACUGCCGGCACGACGGGGCCCACGUGUCCUGCCCCAGGGGAGGGGGACGCUUCGGGGCCGGCGUGUCCUGCUCGGAGACCGCCCCUGACCUGGUGCUGAACGCGGAGCUGGUGGAGCAGACGGCCUACCUGGAGGACAGGCCCAUGUUCCUGCUGCAGUGUGCCCUGGAGGAGAACUGCCUGGCCAGCUCAGCCCACAACACCUCGCUGACCUCGGGCUACCGGCGCCUGCUGCGCUUCUCCUCGCAGAUCCACAACAACGGCCAGUCCGACUUCCGGCCCAAGAACGGCCGCCACGCCUGGGUGUGGCACGACUGCCACCGGCACUACCACAGCAUGGAGGUGUUCACCCACUACGACCUCCUGAACCUCAACGGCACCAAGGUGGCCGAGGGACACAAGGCCAGCUUCUGCCUGGAGGACACAGAGUGCGAAGCAGACGUGCAGAAACAGUACGAGUGUGCCAAUUUUGGGGAGCAGGGGAUCACGGUUGGCUGCUGGGACGUUUAUCGGCACGACAUCGACUGCCAGUGGAUCGACAUCACCGAUGUCCCCCCCGGGGAUUACCUCUUCCAGGUGGUGAUCAACCCCAACUACGAGGUGGCAGAGUCGGAUUAUUCCAACAACGUCAUGAAAUGCCGGAGCCGCUACGACGGGCAGCGCAUCUGGAUGUACAACUGCCACAUAGGUGGUUCCUUCAGCGAGGAGACGGAGCAGAAGUUCGAGCACUUGAGGGGACUCACAAAUAACAACGUGUCUGCCCGGUAGAAUUCCCACUAAUUUAAGGAAGCCAGGACUCCUGCUCCGGCCCUUCCCGAACCACUGCACCCCAGGAAAUGGAGCCUCCACCAAACUCUGAAUUUCAGGUGAAUCGUUCCUGAAGAAGCCUCUCCCUCCCCAGUUUAGGUGCUCAGGCCACCCCUCGGUGCCUUCCUGCAAUUCCAGCUCUCCUCAGCUCCAGCUCUUCACCAUUCCAAAGAUUUCUCCCACAUUUUGCAGCACUCCUCGCCUCAGGUUGGGUGCCAGCCACCCAAAAGUGCCUUUAUCCUUCAUUUCCAAGGCAUUAUUUGGGAAUUUUCAGCUCUUUUCCACUCCCCAUGCCUGUAUGUGCUGCUGCUUCCUGCACUCCUCCUCAGCACUGACUCCAGUUUAGCAAGGAAAUAGAAAGAAAGGAAAAAUAAAAAAAAAAAUAGGAAAACAAAAAAGGAGCAGCUUUUUGUGAGCAGAACAGUGUAAAGCUGAAUUUAAUACUGCAGUGAAACGCUUGGAUCCAACAACGGCCACGCUCCGGAGGGGAGCAGAACGUGGAAUUUCACAGGGAAUUUCACAGGGAUCUCACAUGGAAUCUCACAGGAAAUCUCACAGGAAAUCUGACCAUGGAAUCUCACAUGGAAUCUCACAUGGAAUCUCACCAUGGAAUCUCACCAUGGAAUCAAAGCUCCCUGAAGUGACCCAGAACUCAGCAGAUUCCCAGGGAUGAGGCCUCUGGGCUGGAAAUUCCCAUCCCACAGGGAUCCUCCACCCACCAGGUGCUGUGCCCAUCCAAGAAUCACCUCCUGACUGGAUAUUCCAUCUUUUUUUUUCAAGGAUGAAUGAUCCUUGUGCACCUUGCAGAGGGAAUUUGUGCCUCUCAUCCCCAGGGAUCUCCUCCUGUG